AUUAACUAAUAAUAAUUUAAGAAAGGCAGGCAUGGGCGUCGGCGUCGACGUGGGCGCCGGCGUCGGCGUGCCGGUGAUCUCUCUAUCUCAUGAUAAGGCAGCGGUGGUUCGUGAGAUAUCAACGGCCUGUAGCGAGUGGGGAAUUUUCCUGCUCACCGAUCACGGCAUCCCGUCUCUCUUGAUGCAGCGCCUCCGCGAGGCCGGCCAGCAACUGUUCGACCUUCCCGAGCACCACAAAGAGAGCCUCGCUAAUGAUCCUCUUAAUGCCAAGUUUGAGGGCUACGGGGCCAAGAUGGCCAGAUCCCUCCCCGACGACCACCAUGACAAGGCUGUUGAGAGGGUUCACUAUUUCUUCCAUUACAUCCACCCACCUUCCAUGGUCAACCAUCGUAUGUGGCCUGAUCAGCACCUGCCUUCUUACAGGGGAGUGAUAGAGGAAUACAAAGUGGAGAUCCUGAAACUGACAAACAAACUAUUGGAAUUGCUGUCGGAAGGACUAGGGCUUGAGGGGAAGGCUUUGAAAUGGGGUUUGGUAGGCCAUGAAGAAGAAGAAGACAUUGGAAUAGAAAUGAAAAUUAACAUGUACCCGCCAUGUCCGCGGCCUCAGCCGGAGCAGGCCCUUGGAGUUGAACCCCACACUGACAUGUCUGCCCUAACGCUCCUCUUUCCUAAUGAAGUUCCAGGUCUUCAAGUCUGGAAAGAUUCCCACUGGCUUCCUGUCCACUACUUGCCAAAUGCACUCUUUGUCCAUGUUGGUGAUCAAAUUGAGGUACUGAGCAACGGCAAGUACAAGAGUGUUCUUCACAAGAGCUUGGUGGACGGGGAAAGAACGCGCAUGUCUUGGGCUGUCUUUGUGGUGCCGCCUUGUGAAGCAACAAUUGGACCUCUUCCUGAGCUCAUCGAUCGGAGGAACCCUCCCAAAUAUCCAACCAAAACAUAUGCUGACUACCGUUAUCGCAAACUCAAUAAGCUUCCACAAUAAGGGCACAUCAUCAAGCACACGUUAGGAACCAACCUAUAAAGUUACGGUUCUCAGGAUUUGACAUGGUUCUGGGUGUUGUUGUGUUCUUCAUGUGCUUCUUUAAGCCAUCUCAAACCCUUC